AUGACUAUUAUUCAAUCGCGUUCCCAUCCCGCAACUCCGGAAGCACAGGAAGAGGAUGUUGCCCUUACAUGCUCAGCCACUCAUAGUACGAAUCCGGUGAUUGAAACUUGUUUGUAUGCGUUCAAAGCCACGGGCCUCGUUUCUCUGAAUGAGACCGGGAUUAAAGACGCUGCGCGAUAUAUCUAUGACAGGCUCUGCGCAGAAGACUACACGCCUAGGACGUGGAGGACGCAUUCGCUCCAUCUGCUCCCACCGGAGCCUUACGCCCCGGAUGAUCCUUUGACGAAAGGAUGCCUAGACUGGAUUUUCGUCGUUUCGUCCCUCAACUUCAGCUUUUGGUCUGAGCGAGAAGGAACACCGGAACGCUAUGGAGUAGAAUGGCGGACAGGGUGGGGUUCGGAUGAAAGGAUGGUGCACACGGGAUAUUGGUCUCUCGUGGCCGCCUUGGAUCGAGCUCUGGAAGAGGGGUUGCCCAUUACAGACCCGAAGUUCUAUUCUUCGGAGGAAUGUUGUCCUGAUUCCCUGCUCGACCAUGUGUUCCGCCCGGCACCGCAAUCCAAGGAACCCAUCCCUCUAUUACGUGAACGUAUCGCCAUUCUGCGAGAAGUGGGGAGAAUUCUCUGUACCCACUUCGAGGGAUCCUUUCAAGGAUUCUUGGCGCAGUUUCUUUGUCGCUACGAUGGUCGUGGUACUGCCUUUCAGCUGGUUGAGAUGAUCAUCGAAUACUUUCCUCCUUUCCGUGACCAAAUGUGGUACGAAGGGCGUCAAGUCUUCCUGUGGAAACGUGCACAAAUCCUUGUGGCUGAGACAUGGGCAGCCUUCACUCCGUCAUCACCACGCACUUCCCACCCUUUCUUCCCACAUGGAGCUGCUAUCGAAGUACUUACCAUGUUUGCCGACUAUCGGGUCCCGCAGAUCUUGCAUCACCUCCAAGUCUUGACAUAUCCCCCUGCCCUCAUGAAGACCCUCCAAUCGCAUGCAGCCCUUGCUUCUGGAAGCAGAGAAGAAAUCAGUAUUCGCUCUGCAGGCAUAGUUGCUGUUGACAGGCUAAGACAGUAUAUUCUCCAACUUCAAAGGGAGGAUCAUGAUGGAGACAGGCAUUUCAAUGUGAGCAGUGUUAUUAUUGAUUUUUACUUGUGGGAUUUAGCAAAAUGGCUUGAGGGAAAGAAAAGAAGGGUGGAAGCACAUAGAACUAGAAGUAUAUGGUAUUGA